AUGGUCAGGGAGGAGUGGAGGAAUAUUGGGAACCUGCAGUUCACAGAGAAGCUGAAGGCCUUAACGCUGCCUUUAGGUAGAUGGCACAAGGACAAGUUUGGUGACACGGACAAGAAAAUUCAGCGAUUUGAAGAGGAGAUCAAGAAGAUAGAUGAUAUGACUGGCAUUGGAGUUUAUGAUGGUACAGUAGAGGCUAGAAGGAAAGCGCUGGAGAGAUCACUGGUCGUGGAGUUUAGGGAUGGUUUAGUAAAUAGGAUUGAUGAAGAAGAGUCAGCGGCGUUGGAGAGUACACCGACAAUGGAGGAGGUAAGAGAGGCAGUUUGGGAUUGUGAAUCAUCUAAGGCUCCAGGAAGUGAUGGGUAUAACAUGAAUUUCAUUAAAAAGUGUUGGGAUGAUAUUGGUAUAGAGUUCACGUCGAUUGUGCUGGAGUUUUUCCGGUCAUCAAAGUUGCCUUCUGAUUAG